AUGCGUGCCAAACGUCAAGAAGAUGGUGAAGAAUCUGAUUGUGGUUGUCCAUGCAAAAACGGUCCAAACAAUUGUCCUCCUGGUCCACCUGGUCCACCGGGAAAUCCAGGUCAACCUGGAGAAGACGGUGAAAAUGGAGAUGCUGGAAAAGCUGGAACAAACGGAGUUGCUUUGAUCUAUCAAGAAGCCGGAAAACAAUGUAUUAGUUGUCCAGCUGGAGAGCCUGGCCCACAAGGGCCCGAAGGACCAGCCGGGCCUGCUGGGCCAGAUGGACAACCAGGACAAAAUGGGGCUCCAGGACAGAAUGGACUUCCAGGACAAGAAGGACCAGCUGGAGAUGCUGGAAGUGCUGGAACACCAGGAACUGAUGGUAAUCCUGGAGCACCUGGAAAAUCUGGAACUAGAGGAAGUGGAGCUCCUGGACCUGCAGGACCUGAAGGACCGGCUGGACCAGCUGGAGCACCAGGACAACAAGGACAACCUGGAAGUGAUGGAGCAAUUGGAGAUGCGGGAAUUGCAGGAGCACCUGGAAAUCCGGGAGCGGCUGGACAACCUGGAACACCAGGAGGAAAAGGAGGAGAUGGAACACCAGGACCUGAUGCUGCUUAUUGUUCAUGCCCCAAAAGAAGUGUUGCUUUUUAA